AUGGACAAGGAGGUGAAGUCAGAGGAAGAGGACAAGGAGCAAGAAGAGGACGAGGAGGGGGAAGAGGAAGGAAACAAGCCCAGAGAAACACUGGUUUCAGUCGUCCUGGUCCUGCUGGCUCCACUGUUGACCAGCUGCUUCCCUCUCGUUCUGCCGUUAGACUGCGGUGACAUUUACCACAAUGACAACAGCCGACCCAGUGGAGUGUACACCAUCUAUCCCAUCGGAGUAACGUCUGCUGUCCAGGUGUACUGUGACAUGGAUUCAGAAGGAGGACGGUGGACGGUUUUUCAGAGGAGGAUGGAUGGCAUGGUGAACUUCUACAGGGGCUGGGAUCAAUACAAGACCGGCUUUGGUAUCGCUGCUGGAGAGUACUGGCUCGGUCUCGAGUCUCUCUACCACCUGACUCAGAGGAAAAGGUACGAGCUGCUGGUCGACAUGGAGGACUUUGAAGGAAACAAAGCCUUCGCUCGUUACUCCUCAUUCUCCAUCGACGCUGAGUCCUCCGGAUACACACUGCAUGUUUCUGGAUUCACUGAUGGAGGAGCAGGAGACUCCCUGAAAGGUUACAACGGACAGAAGUUCUCCACCUUUGACAAAGACCAGGACUCUGAUGAUGCUAGGAACUGUGCCAGAUCACACCUGGGGGCGUUCUGGUACAACAGAUGUUACAAUGCCAAUCCGAAUGGCGUUUAUCGUUGGGGGGCUGACAGCACUCUCUCUCGUGUUGGAGUGGAGUGGUAUGGUUUUAAAGGUUAUGACUACUCCCUGAAGGCCAUCAGCAUGAAGAUCCGUCCUGUGCAGUAGCUCUCCACAAGAAAA